GGGCAUUUCGAGUGGGUUGUCAUGCCAUUUGGCCUCACCAAUGCCCCCGCGACCUUCCAAGCAGCUAUGACGACUGAGUUUCGCGACUUGCUCGAUCGCAGCGUCCUCAUUUACCUCGAUGACAUCUUGGUUUAUAGCAGGACGCUGGACGAGCACAUCAUACACCUUCGCGUUGUUUUGAAUCGUUUGCGACUAGCCAAGUACAAAGCGAAUCGCGACAAGUGCGAGUUCGCCAAGCAGGAACUUGAGUACUUGGGUCAUUUUGUCACGCCGAAAGGCAUUCGUCCCUUAGCGGACAAGAUCCAAGCCAUCGUGGAUUGGUCGGAACCCCGUUGCACAAUGGAUGUUCGCUCUUUCAUGGGUUUGGCUGGAUAUUAUCAGCGAUUCGUCGAGUCAUACUCGAAAGUGGCCGUUCCUUUGUCGAGACUUCAGUCCCCGAAGGUGCCCUUCGAGUUCGAUGACGCAGCCCGUGGCGCGUUCACUACGUUGAAGGCAGCAAUGCAAGCCGCACCUGCCCUCUGUAUAUACGACCCCACCCUUCCCACCCAAGUGACUACGGACGAUUCGGGAUACGGUAUUGGUGCGGUGUUGGAACAGUGUCACGAGGACGGUUGGCAUCCGGUCGAGUAUYUCUCCCAAAAGGUGUCUCUCGUCAACACUCUUGACGACGCUAGGAAGAAAGAGCUACUCGCGUUCAUCACCGUUCUCAAACGGUGGCACCACUUUCUUCUCGGCCGUCGGCGUUWUAAAUGGAAUACGGACAACAAUCCGUUAACCUUUUAUAAAACGCAGGAUACGGUCACUAGUACGAUCAGUCGAUGGAUGUAUUACAUCGACCAGUUCGAUUUUGACCCGUGCCACAUUCCCGGUCCCGCCAAUCGAGCUGCGGACGCCCUCUCACAACGGCCCGACUUUUGUACCAUUGUGACCACGGCCUUCGACCUCGAUAACGAUCUGCAGCAGCAUUUCGUCAAAGGCUACAAGUCCGAUCCGACUUACUCUACGCUUUACGCGGAGCUUUCAUCGGAUCACCCGCCGGCUAGCCACUAUCGGAUUUCCGACGGGUUCCUUCUCCUUCACACGAGAGAAAAGGACUUGCUAGUUGUGCCCCAAGAUCGCAUCUUACGGACUCGUCUUCUCGGCGAAUUCCACGACGCACGACUUUCGGCACACCUUGGUGUGAACCGCACAUUAGCACGCCUCCGCCAGCGUUUUCAUUGGCCCGAUGUCCUUCAUGACGUCACGAGGUACAUUGAGUCAUGUGCAGUUUGCCACCGUAACAAGGGUCGAUCUCGAGUCCCCUUCGGCGAACUGAAACCAUUGCCGAUUCCUCGGGCACCGCGCCUCUCCAUUGCUAUGGACGUAACAGGCCCGUUCCCCCGCGAUCGCCAUGGCCAUGACGGUAUUCUCACGGUUGUUGACCGUUUGAGCAAGUACGCUCGCUUUCUUCCUUGCAAGUAUCAUGCUGCAGCGCCGGCACUCGCACGACUCUUGCACACCGGUUGGAUUACCAACCAGGGUGUUCCGGAAGACAUAGUGAGCAACCGAGAUACUCGCUUCAUGUCGGCCUUUUGGACUUCCCUCAUGGCUGAGUCCGGUACGACAAUGAAGCCGAGCUCGGCUCGGCACCCGCAAACGAAUGCCAGACAGAGCGAGCGCACCAGACAGCUCAUAAUGAUGUUGCGUACACUCAUCCGUCCCGACCAGAAAGAUUGGGUUGACCGGCUUCCCGACAUCGAGUUCGCCUAUAACACUUUGGUGCACCCGGCGAUCUGCGUCACACCAUUCGAGCUACAUCAUGGUGGAGAGAGAGCACGGAUCUUCGCUGAUCUCCUUUUGCCACAGGCUGCCAACAUAGACGUCCCUUGCUCUCCCGCUUUCCUUCAGAAGUACCGGGACUUGCUGAUCAAAGCCCGCGCGAAUAUGCAAAAGGCUCAAAUCCGCAUGCAACAGCAAGCUAACCGACGUCGACUUCCAUGUCCUUUCCGCGAGGGAGACCUUUUUUGGGUCCUCUCUGAGGAAUUUGCGCUCGAGCAGGACGUUUCGCGCAAACUCCUUCCGAAAUGGUUCGGACCAUGAGAAGUCACUUCUGCCGUUGGAGACGACCCCGCAGGUCCUUCCUUUGUGGUCAACAUUCCCCCGCACCUUCCAGUGCACCGGGUCUUCCACGCGUCAAAGCUGGCCAUCUA